GAUGCACAAAUCACACGCGGUAGAUUAGUUUACUUACAAAAAUGACAGAAAAAAGAGGAAAAAAAGAAAAAGAAAAAGAAAAGAAAACCCUCGAAUUCAAAUGGUUCAUUUGAAAUCUUAUCAUCCAAGCGGAAAGCUUUUGUAUAUAUAUAAUUCGAAACGAAGGGUUGUCAUGACAACGGUGCCGCGAAAGUGGUAAGCAAUCGGCAAUUCGCCGUCCAGAAUCGACGGACCUUCACUUGGGCAGCUUUCACGUUCAGUUUUUGUUCCGGGUCCACUCAAUAUAGAGUCACCAUAAUCAAGCUUUGCUGUGCCAAUGGCUACUGGAACAGAACAGGAGGAUGCGGCAAUUAGAGGGGGAGAUAAGCUUGUACUAAGGGGUUUGAAGUUCCAUGGUUUCCAUGGGGUGAAGCCAGAAGAAAAGACGUUGGGUCAGAAAUUUCUUAUAGAUGUUGAUGCUUGGAUGGAUCUUCGGGUGGCUGGAAAAUCUGAUAAUUUGUCAGACACCAUUAGCUACACUGAUAUAUAUCGCAUUGCAAAAGAAGUUGUCGAAGGGCCAUCUCAUAAUCUUCUGGAGUCUGUUGCUGAACUCAUUGCAUCUACCACUCUGAAAAACUAUCCGCGGAUUUCUGCCGUCUCUGUGAAAGUUGGAAAGCCUCACGUCGCUGUUCAUGGUCCUCUCGAUUACUUGGGUGUUGAGAUAUUUAGAUACAGAAGUAUUGAUGCACUGAACUAAUGAUGUUACCAUUUAAUCUAUGUCCAUGUGGCCUGACACAGGUUUGCUUUACGUUUUCCUUCUCUUGUUCCUUUUAUACACUUGGUGAAGUUGUUGUUUUAUAGUUUGAACCAUUGCACAGGUGACUGUUGUUCUUUCUCGUGCUUAUGUUUAUUUAUUGAAUUCUGUUAUAUUUAUGAUCUCUGAUUCAUUUCUUUGGCC